AUGCUGUCGCCUGUUGCCCAUGUCUCUCAGCCGCUCCUCUCCCCUCCCCUCUCCUCCUCCCCCUCCCCUCACUUCCCUCCCUCCUCCCCCACUCCCUUCCCGUCCUCCUCUCCUCCUUCCUUGUCUGUCCUCCUCUCUCUCCCCCCUUGUUUCCUCUCUCGCCCCUCGCCCUUGUCUCAGAACGGGGAGCGGUCGGCACCCACAGCAGGCACGGUGGCGACAGCAGCAGGGCUGGCGGGCGGGCUUAUCAGCUUCGUGCUCUGCCCCACGGAGCUUGUCAAGUGUCGCCUGCAAGUGCAAGCCCAGUCUCCAGCUCUCGCACCCGCCGCCUCUGUAUAUACUGCAGCAGCAGCGGCAGCAACAGCAGGAGCAGCACCAACAGCAGCGGCUGCAGCGGGUGCCUCUAAGUGUGUCCCUGCCAUGACUCGCCUGACCCCUUCGUUUGCCGCUGCUGCUCACCCCGCCCCCUUCAGUACAGCAAGCGCUGCCUUCCCCUCCCUAGCACGCACCCCAGCAACAUCAGCAGCAACAGCAGCAGCAGCUACAGCUGCAAAAGCAGCCCAACGCCAGCAGAUCCAUUCGCAAUCGCCUCUGCAACAGCAAGUUUUGAUGCAGCAGCAGCAUUUUCAGCAGCAGCAACAGCAACAGAAGCAGCGGGUGGUGGGGGGUGUGGGUCACUACAAGGGCCCGUGGGAUUGCGUGGUUCAAACCGUCAAGGCCGAUGGGCCGCAGGGGUUGUUCAGAGGCCUGGCAGCGACAGCACUGAGGGAGUCGCUGGGCAACAUUGGCUUCUUUGUCACCUACGAGGCCAUCAAGCACCGCCUCCUCCCCGCCCUCGCCCCCUCCUCUCCCUCGCACUCCUCUCCCUCUUCCUCCUCCUCCUCCGCCUCCUCGGACCUCUCACGUGAAAGUGUGCACGGGAGAUUGGGUCAAGACAUGGGGCCAGAACAUGGGGUGUUGGGGGGGAGGGAGGCAGAGGUAGCAGGCGGGGCGAGUGAGUGGCGAAGGGUGGCAGCUGAGGCUGCUACUGCCAUUGCCAGUGGGGGAAUAGCAGGCAUCGUGUUCUGGUCGGCAGUGCUCCCAUUUGAUGUCAUCAAGACGCGCAUUCAGACGGCAGACGCGUCAGCUUCGCCCGAGUCGCUGCGCAUGCUCAGCCAGUGCAAAGCUAUCCUAAGGGAGAGUGGCGUCAGGGGGUUCUACGCCGGUCUCCUGCCCACACUCACUCGAGCCUUCCCGGCCAAUGCUGCGGCUGUUGUUGCCUGGGAGCUCACCUCAAGGCUGCUAGGAGUGUCCAACCCUUGA